AUUGAAUAAAACACAAUAGACAAAUAAGCCUGCUCCGAUAAUGCAUGCAUGCAUGUAUUGUCAUCUUCGCUGUGAAACUACAGCCUCAUCUCUUGUGUUGCAUUGACCUAUUAAUGGCAAAGAUUGUCAUUGUGUGCCUGCAGGUGUCAAGCGUCUCAGGCAGCGUGCUGGAAACGGUUUUUGAAAGGUGGGAUUCCCAGGGGACUCUGGAGUGCCACAGCCAUCAUAAACCCUCACGUCCUGUCUACAUUGUUCAGACCACAGAGUCAGGACUCUUUGGCCUCCUCAGCGGUCUCCCAGAGGAAAUCCAGCAGCUGUUUCCAGACCGCACACAGAGCUCAGCCGAUAAAGACUAUGAAGUUUUAGAUGAGACCAGCGGUGUGGAAAAUACCAGUGAUACAAAAAGAGAACCUCAUUUCAGACAGUGGAACAAAGAACUGAGUGAUGUUGACGAUCAGAGUGUGUUGAGUAUAACUGGAGUCCUCAAUCCGACAACGUGUCUCCAACUGGGGGAUGUUUUACUGUUCACUGUCAGCACACGCCAUUACCCGCUCUAUGACAUCGACAAUCUCUACAACACAAACAGUGAUUUUGACUGGGGUGCGCUCAGGCUGCUGGAAGAGCAGCUGACCCUUUCCUGGACUCCUCCUACCUUAUUUUCGCUGGUCUUUAGCCACCAGGGGGUUUACGUAUUCACACUUAGCAGCAAUCAGCAUAAACACAUGUAUGUGCGCGUGAUGCCCGCAGGGGCCCAGUGUUAUGAGCCUGGACCCUUCUUCCCAACCAUUCCUCGACAUCUGACCCAAAUGGGAAUCAGCAGAAGACGUGAUCUGCUGCUUCGACCUGAUUGGCUGGUCGCCGGCGGACUGUUGUUUGGAGCUGUGGUCGUUCUCUGCUUAUCUGUUGCAUUGCUGAUCAUGUUCCAGGAAUAUGGGUGGCCGGAGAAGAAACCAAUCACGACGAAGUAUCGUUCGUUGCAGCUGGCCUACCAAAUGGAUGACUAUGCAUCAAAAGGCUCAAGAGCUUUCACACUUAGGAAGACCCAUCGGAAUCAACAAGCUAGGCUAAUGAAGGACUCCAUUCAGCCAGCCUGCCCGGAUGUUUUGGAUGAGUUUUGGGAUUAUGAGCACCAGGUGGAUUUGGAGGCUUUCAGCAGCAACACUUUCUACAGCCUCCUGCUGAAACAAAGCCUGUCUGUCACUACCAGGCUGGGGCAGCUCACAACGGAGGUAAAAGAGAUGUAUCAGGGAGUCCUUGGGAAACUACAGGUACUCCACCCAGGCAUGAUCGCCGAGGAGAAGGUGGGGGAAGGUUAUGAGAGGAUGAGAAAAGAGAUGGAGAAAGAAGUGGGGCGACGGAGGGCUUUGGCCUCCCAGUUGCGAACUCUGCUUGACAAUCAGCUUGAGGUACUGAGACGAGAUCAGCAGGCCAAGCAGCGGGUCUACAGUGGAUUCAAAACUCGAUGCAGAGAGUGCACCAGACUGCUGUCCAAGAUUUCCAACAACACUCAGGCCUCUUGUGAGCCUCACCAGCAAAUUAUGACCCAAAAGCUGACGUGCCUUGUGGAUGAAAUGGUGGAGCUGGUGGCAGCGGAGUGCCACCGUCAGGGAGCGUUGGGGCUGCUGGGUGAAAGUACUGGGGCCAAGCUGCUCUGUCCCGACACGGGAACCGUCCUGACCAAAGACGACAUCUUUGGUCCCGACGGGUUUCUGCGUGUCCCUGCUGCAGUUCAUUGUGAUCCAGUCACCGGGCUCAUAAAGCCAAACUCUCAAAGCCACAUGUUGCUGAGCAGUGGCCACACCAUGGCAGUGCCACCUGAUUACUUCAUUCACCCACAGACUGGCAGAGUUUUACCCAUCGUUGGCAACGUGGCCUAUGACCCCGUCAGUUCUACAUUAGUGUUUACCACGGACAUCUGUACAGGUGAUAUCAGAAAGUUGGACAGUCCCCUCCUUCCAUUUCUUCCUUUUCCCACCACCUGCCCCUCAGAGCUGCCCCUGCCUUGCAUUCGUCUCAAAGGCCUAAAACCAGGUCAUAGGUUACGGUUGGGCAUGCCCAUGGCAGAUCCAGACACAGGCGUUCCCGUACCCACCCUGGCAGUAACCAUCCACCCACAGACUGGACUAGUUUACCCCCUGGGAAGGCUGCAUACCUGCCCACUCUCCCGCCUGCUUCAGCCAAUACAAAUUGGCUAUCCCAUGCUGGACUCCAGGACAGGGAACAUUGUGCUCACUGUUGGGGUCCAUUUAGAUCUGGUAACAGGAGAUGUACAACCAGUAGGUGGAGCGCUACUCGGUGAGGUCUUCACCGAACCUCUGAGUGGGCAGAUGGUGAGAGUAGGAGGAGUCACCAUCAGGGCCGGACAGCUGGUGCCUCAUGCAGGAGGUUAUCAAGCAUUAUUAGACAGCAAGGUUCUGGCUGAGAUGCUUAAAACACUGGACCUCCUGAAACCGCUAACUGAUGACUGGGGUUCCGACCCGACUCUACUAAAUAUGCAGAACCAUCCAGGCAAUGAGAACAUAAGCGGCCGACUGGAUAAUCUUCUCGCUGCAAGCAAGGAGCUUGAGCAGGCCUGGGAACGGAGUCUGCACUCUGGGCUGCAGCUGUGGACCAGGUUUGAGAUGCUGUUGGGCUGGACUCUGCAACUGCAGCAGGACGGUGGGACACUGGGCGAAAUGCCUCUUCCAGCUUCAGAUGUGUGUCUGCCAGCUCUCUUGGGGAUGGAGUAUCUUGACCCCAUGGGAUCUGGUCUAAGUGUUCCUGUGCUUGGGUGCCAGAGGGAUCCUGUGUCUGGCAAUGCAAUUCCUCUGGCAGGAACCAUGGAGGACCCAAAAGGAAAAGGCAUGAUGAUAACAAGAACCUGCAAUUCUUCAUUUUAUUCAUUUUAG